AUGUCCACAGAAGAGACGUUUCUCCCACAGCAGGAUUUGCAUAUCAAGUCGGAUAUUGUCGCUGGUAUCAUUUCCACUUGGAUCGCGACUUUCCUUGCGGCGGCAGAUACAACUAUCACUGCAACUCUUUCCUCGACGAUUGCCGAAGAGUUCGACUCGCUUGCGAUUAUCUCAUGGUUAGGUUCUGGAUACUUGAUCAGCAUUACCGUGACACAACCACUUAGUGGAAAACUGAGUGACAUCUUCGGCCGGAAGCUUAGCUUUUGCUUCUCGACAUGCAUGUUUACGAUCGGGAACUUACUUUGUGGCUUCGCUAGCUCGAAGGCUGUUCUAAUUCUGGCUCGAGUCAUCGCUGGUAUUGGAGGGGGCGGCUGCAUUGCCAUCUCUACCUUUAUCGCCUCGGAUGAUAUUCCCCUCAAGCGCCGCGGUACCUGGCAGGGUACGUCUGCGGUGAUGUAUACUCUUGGAAUCGGCCUAGGAGCAGUGAUAGGAGGUACUGUGAACGAUUCGUUUGGCUGGAGAUGGGUGUUUAUUGGAAUCGCUCCUAUCUCCCUCGUUUCGUGCGUACUGGUCUUCAUAUUCCUCCCACGUGGUACGGAAAGAGAACAGGGUCUUCUUGAGAUGCUGAGUCGUGUUGACUUUGCCGGCUGCGUCACCCUUGUCGCGCCCUUGGUACUUCUUCUGAUUGGAUUGAACCACGAGGGCGAUCAGAUCGUCACAGCGCAAUUCCUCAUCACAAUCCCCCUCGGAACUGUCUGGUUCGUGCUAUUCCUUUUGAUCGAGUGGCGCUGGGCUAAUGAGCCUAUCAUUCCUCUAUCACUCUUCUGUCGACGCACCGUCAUUGCGACAUGUCUGACGGCCUGGUUCAUGUCAUCAUCACUUUAUAUUCUUCUUUACUAUGUGCCAUUAUAUUUGCAAAUGUUAGGCUACACGCCUAGUCAGGUCAGGCUUCGAAUCUUGCCUUACUCAAUAGGGUCCGGAGUGGGCUCAUUUUUGAUGGGUCUAAUCAUUCGUGUGAUCGGUAAUUUUCGGUAUAUCACGCCGAUGCCCAUGGUCGUCGCAACUGUCGGGUUUGCUUUUAUUGGGAGAACCACACACUGGGUUAUCCCAGAGCUAUAUCUUCUAUGUAAGGGUGUGUUGGUAUUGGUGCAGCACUGA